AUGCAAGAUGUGGGCCUCUUCGAGACCUCAAGCGGGAAUCACAGUGGGCAACGAAGUCGCCUCGAGUUCUGUUAUCUGUGCUGUUUGCUGAAGAUUAAUGACAGUCAGGAAAAGAAUAUUCAGCAAGGAUGCGCUAAGGCCGCCUCUGCUUCCAAAUUCUUAACGAAAUGCUUGUGGUCCCCAUCACCAGCGAAGUCGAACUGUGAGUCUACUUAUGCGCAACCCGCCCCAUCAUGA